UCUCUAAGGUGGGAGGGGCCGUGUUGGCGGGCAGCUGUGACGUCACUAGCCCUUGUUGGUUUGCUAUAGCACUGCAGCCAAGAUUAGGCUUUUUGGCUGACCGAAGAAAGGCGAGGGGUGGGCUCAGAGCCCCGGGAGGUGCUCGCUCGCGGCCCCACAGCAGCGGUAAAACUGGAGUCCCGCUCCCGCAGAGCCCGGCGUCCGGGCGGAAACAGCGUUCUUCCUCGAGCGGUGGCCUGGCGGCUGCGCGCCUCGGCAGCCUCGGGCUUGGCUGCCCGGAACUAAGAGAGCAUCCUCACCUGGUAAGAGGGAGGAGGGGAACUUGAUGCGAGCCUCCUGUGGCGCCAGAGAGCCAGAGCCCACCGUCCGCCCUGCCGCAGCGGUUGUUAAUGCCUGGGAGCAGCCAAGGUUCAUUUGUUUUCUUUCCGGAUGUUUGUCUUAAACAUGGACAAACACACCGCCUUCCAGGGUCGUACUGUUUACCUGGCCAGCAGAACAUCUUUUUACUUCAAGACGUUUGAUGCUCCCAAUCUCUGAAUUCUGGUGUUGAUGUUGAAUAUGCCUUAUUAGCAUAUUAAAAUGGCUGUACCCAAAGACGCCAUCCCUUCCCUGUUGGAAUGCCAGUGCCAGAUCUGUGUGGAAAUCCUAAUUGAGCCUGUGACACUCCCUUGUAACCACACUCUCUGUAAACCAUGCUUCCAAUCGACUGUCGAAAAGGCAAAUUUGUGCUGUCCCUUCUGUCGCCGCCGGGUCUCUUCGUGGACUCGGUACCAUACCCGAACAAAUUCUCUUGUCAAUACUGAACUGUGGGAGAUAAUUCAAAAACACUAUCCAGAGGAAUGCAAGCUUAGAGCCUCUGGGCAAGAAUCAGAGGAAAUUGUUGAUGACUAUCAGCCAGUUCGCCUAUUAAGUAAACCUGGGGAAUUAAGAAGAGAAUAUGAAGAGGAGAUAAGCAAGGUGGAGGCAGAGCGACGAGCCAAUGAGGAAGAAGAAAACAAAGCCAGUGAAGAAUACAUACAGAGAUUACUGGCAGAGGAGGAAGAAGAGGAAAAGAGACAGGCAGAAAAAAGGCAAAGAGAGAUGGAAGAACAACUGAAAAGUGAUGAAGAAUUGGCAAGAAAGCUAAGCCUUAAUAUUAACAAUUUCUGUGAGGGAAGUAUCUUGGCUUCGCCCUUGAAUUCCGAAAAAUCUGAUCCAGUCACAACCAAGUCACAGAAGAAAAGUAAGAACAAACAAACAAACACUGGAGAUAUUCAGAAGUAUUUGUCACCUAAAUCUCAACUUGGGUCAGCAUCACAGUCUGAAGUUGUACAAGAAGAUAGGAAAGACUCUAUGUCCAAGGAAACUGACAGCAGUGAUGUGAAGAGCCCUACAUGGCAAGACACAGAAAUUGAGGAAGAUAUGCCAACACUUUCUCCUCAGAUAUGCCUUGAAGUUCAAGAACAAGGUGCACAAUCUUCAGUGGAGUCACCUAUGCCUCAGUUAUGUGCCAGUGGUAGAGAAUGGUGCCUUGAAGGAAAAGUCAAAACAAGACCAAGCAAUCAUGAAAAAGGGUUAUGUGUCAUAAAUCAUGAGGGACCUGAAGCCAGAGUUCCCUACUCUGGAGAAGCUGCAGUUAAGCCUUGUGGCAAAGCAGAGAGUCGGUGCACUGUAUCAGAUAUGACACAGAUAAUUAGAAAUAACACAGUUGAGACAGAAAAUGAAGAGUCUCACCUACUGAUCAGUAAAGAUAUCUCCAAAAGAAAAAACCAGGAACCUUUGUCUGAAGCAGUCAGGGAUCCAUGCUUUUCUGCAAAAAGAAGAAAAAUGUUCCCCAAAGCUUCCUCAGACCAAGAAGAAACAGAAAUCAACGUUACCCAAAAACUGAUAGAUCUUGAAUGUCUACUUUUUGAGAGACGUAAACAAGAAGAACAGGACAGGUUAUUAGCAUUACAGCUUCAGAAAGAGGUGGAUCAAGAACAAAUGAGGCCAAACCGGCAAAAAGGAUCCCCAGAUGGAUAUCAGUUACGUGCUACGUCCUCACCUCCAGACAAAUUACUAAAUGGACAAAGGAAGAAUUCCAAAGAUAGAAACCUCAAAAGACAAACUGAUCUAGAGCAUCCAAAACCUAGGAGAGGCUCAAAAAAUGAAAAUUGGCAACCUUCUUUUAAGAUCCAGUUGAAACAUUCAGUUAAUGGAAGAAAGAUAACAAACUCUACUAGAGAUAAUUGUAAUGUACCUAAAACUCCUCAUUCCCUACAGCCUAGUAAGUCACAGAAAAGUAUUUUUCAGAUGUUUCAGAGAUACACAAAGUAGUGCUUGGGUAAGGGGAGUGUUGUAUAAUCUAGUGAAGUUCUCUAUCAUAGAUUCUUUAUAAAUUUUUCAUUAAUUCUGCUCCGUGGGCAUACUCACUGUCCUUAAUUAAAGGACGGCGUGAUAUCAGGGGAGGAAUAUACAAAUGUGUUUCUGCCAAACUUGGUUGUAAGCAAGAGUCCCACUCCUUUCCUUUUUUAAUAACUGAUGUACUAAGUUUAAGUUGACAGUCCUUAUGGAUAUAAAAAUGCCUUGGCCAACUCCCAAGAAAUCUUCAUUUCCAUGCAUUUCCCCCCAUAUGCAUGUUUUGUGGCCUUCACGCACCUUUUUGUACUGACUAGUAAUCAAAGCAACAUUAUAAUAUACCAAGUAGCUAAGGAAUCCAGGCAAGGUUUAGAAUCUAAGUUUUCUUGCAACUUUCCCAUAUAUUUGCAGAGCACUUGAAGUACAUCUUCCAUAACACCAAAGUAAUCUAAUUUCCAUGUCCACUUCAAUUACUUUAAGUAUUACAGCAUUUUUUUUUUUUACUUAAAAUGGGUUAGGAUCAACGUGAAAGCAGAAAAAUCAGAGUUUUCUGGAAAAUUAGGACUUAGUUGACAGAAAGGAAACUAGACUCUUGAUGCAAAAGUAGCUAAGCUUGGGAUGAGGCUGAGUGGGGUAGAUUGACAAUUUGGAGGCCUUGAAACUGAGUGGAUGAUCAGACAACUGGGUCCAGGCUGGAGUAGCAGGUGUAGUUUGGCAAAGUAUUCUUCCUUGUGCUUUCUUUGCUAGAUGGCACAGAAAACAUUUGGGUUUUAACAGCUUUUCAUACCAUACUAUCUAAUCUGCUAUUCCAAAAAAAAGGGGGAAUUUACUGUAGAAGAGUUAUGUCGCAGUAUCCUAUGUUGUAGAACCUGACUAAUCAUGUGUUUAUUUCCUUAUGUUAACCUUUGUAUUGAUACUGACUUUUAUUUGUGUUUAUGGACAAAAAUAGAAAGUAUGAUAUUUGGGUUUUGCCCUGUCUUACCCCCGAAAGUUAAAUCAGAAGGCUGCGAUUUCAUUUUGUGAAAUUUAACUUAGAGACUAUUAAUCUUUUGUUUCAUUAAUAUGAACAACUUUGAGCAAACAACCGUUUUAACAGCGUUGCUGCUGAUAUCUAGUUAGCCAUCCUUUUAAGGUAAUAAUGCAAUAAAAUGUCCUAGAGCUAAUAAUUCUAGCUUAAAUUUGUCAAUGUUUUUAUACAUAAUUAAGAUUUUUUUCCUCCAAAUUUUGUAACUGAAAUUCUGUAAUCUUUGCAUACUUGAUGGUGUGUACUUCAAUAUUGAUUGGGUAAUUAUGGGUAGAAUUCUGAUGCUAAUUUAAAAUUUAGUUUGCCCUUUCUCAAAAGUGAUUGUCCCCUGAGUAAUGAUUGUGCUGAAAUGAAGUGUAGUUAGAAACUAACCAAAUUUGUCUAAAAUAGACUAAAAUAUGUAUAUCUUUUCAUCAAACCAAUAUUUUUUAAGACCAAUUUUGCUUUACAUUUUAGUGACUCUUCAAAUUAAAAGUUAUAUAAUUAAAUCUUCCUGGAAUAGUCCAUGACCAAAAAGGGGGGAAAAUAGUGUAAUGUAUUUAGGAUUUACAUAUAUAACCACUUAUUUGUCUGUGAAGAAGUCUUCCUGACUAAAGUUGGUUUUAAGAUAAAUUUUAAUUUCUCAAUUAGUCUUUCUGAUACUACCAUGUAUGCAUUUUUGUGAGAAACUAGUAAAUGUUUUGUGUCAGUCAUUAGAAUUUAUUGAUACUUUCUUCCCAUUUUUAUGGAAGGGAUAUGAGAGUGUUUAAUUUCUCAGGGAGUGCUAAAACUAUGCAGAGGUUGAGAAUCUGAAAAUUAAAAUAAUUAUUAAAAAUUGAAAUGGACUAUGUGUUUUUCACAGUUAAAAAUAAAAAUUAACACAUGAAAAUAAAAAGUUCUGCAUAACAAAAACUACCAUAAAGGAAAAUUGGAAGACAUGGCAAACUUGAGAAGAAAUAGAUACAACUCAUCACAAAGAACUAAUUUCCUUUAUAUAAAGUGUCUGCCAAUACGUUUAGAAAAAGACUAACAACCCAAAAGGAAAAUUAGAAAAGUUUAUGUUCCCAAGAAACAUAGUUCCCAGGAAAGGAAAUAUAAGUGGCUCUAAUGUGUGAAAAGAUGCAUAGUAUCACUUAUACUAAUACAUUUUUCCACCCUUCAGAUUAGUAAAGGUGUUUUGUAUUUUGGUUUUUUUUUUCCCCCAGUCUUGGCAAGCAUGUAGGUAAAUAGGCACUCUUAUAUGUUGCUUAGUAUGAAUAGAAACUUUUAAAGCCCUAGAGAGGUAACCUUGGCAAUCUACCUUUAGGAAUUUGUUAAAGCUGUUUUCACAUAUAUGUAGAAUGGCAUGCAUAAAACAUUUUUGUUUGGCAUUGUUUGUAAUAACCAGCUUAGAAACAACCUUAAUCAUAUCAAGAAACACUAAAUAAAUGAUGGUAAAAUAGAAUACUAUACAGCAAUUAAGCAAAAAACCCAUUUUACUGAUAUGAAAAGAACUAUAAGAUAUAGAGUUAAACAAAAAAUACAAGAUGUAGAGUAGUGUACAUACUGUACAACCAUUUAUCCAAAGAAGAGAAAUAUAUAUUUAAGAGAGAGAUAAACAGUGUUGCCAGCAGGGAGAGAAACUGGGUGGCUGGGAGACAGGAGUGGAAGAAUGACUUUUCUCUAUAUGUUCUUUUAUACUUUAAAAAUUUUCAAUCAUAUUGAAUAUAUCGUCUCAAAAUUUAAAUGUUCUUAAAAUAUUACAAGAUUAAGGAUACUUAGGCAUCUCAACCUAUACCACUCUAGACAGUCCUUUUUUGCCUUUAAAUUCUAAGAAUCAUAAUUUAGGAAGGUUUUUCAGUGCAAAAAAAAAAUAGUGCGAAUUUUUGGAAAUAGUGUUGUGAAUGAAUUUGAAUAUAUUUAGCUUUAUUAUACUAUUUUUCAAUUAUUUGAAAGCAAAGCUUUUGCUUUUCAGGUAGCAAUGCUGCAGACCUGCAGUCCUGCUGAGAACAAUGAGAAAAGCCAGAUAGAAAUGUAAAAUUUUUACAUUUAAAAAUUAAAAUGCUUAAAAGCAUCAGAAAGCUACUUGAAACAAUGAGGACUAACUUAGGGGCUAAGAUUCUAGAGAGGGGAGAUUUGAGAGGUGAACUGAUGUUUGCAACCACUUUUUUGCUUGUAGCAUGUGCCUAUUCUGAAUGCAGGACGAGAAUCAGGGCUGCUGCUGGUGAACAGAGAAACCGGCAGAGCUCUUGGCCAUCUCAUGAAGCUGGAGUGACAGUAUUGGAGACUUGAGGGUCAUCAAACACAAGGUUGGUUUUCCCAUCAAGAUAACUGCAGUUUUGAAACUGUUCAGAGCAGAUGCUAAAAGGCUGAAAACCUGAAAAGCAGAGAGGAGUUGUCAUCAGUCUCACACUGCUGAUGAAACAAGAACAGAGUUCAGGACCUACCGGGGAAGGAAGCCUGUUGAACACACCAGGGCCUCAAUUGAAAGCCCUAGCACAGAAGUCUGCAAACUGCAUCCCAGGGGCCAAAUCUGCAUGCCGCCAAUAUUUGUAGGGCCUGUGAGCUAAGAAUGGUUUUAAAUGGCUCUUCGAUUCCUUAGUUCACAUAUAAGGAAUUGAACGAUGGGACUAGUAAUUUGUGCCUGAGUUUUGGACCACCAAAACAAGGGCAUGUAGUGCAGGAGGGAAGAAAGAAUAAUUUUCUUCUUAACUUGGUCUCUAUCGGUUAAUCUCACUUUCUUAAUCUGUAAAUGGGAAUCAAUGUAACCAAGAGUUGCUAUCAAGAGUUAAGGGUAGUGGGACUUCCCUGGUGGUCCAGUGGUUAAGAAUCUGCCUUCCAAUGCAGGGCACACGGGUUCGAUCCCUGGUCGGGGAACUAUCCCACAUGCUGCGGGGCAAGUAAGCCCGUGUGCCUCAAUGAAAGAUCCCGCACACCGCAAGAAAGAUCCUGUGUGCCGCAAGUAAGACCCGACACAGCCUAAUUAAUUAAUUAAUUAAUUAAUUAAAAAACAAAAGAGUCAAGGGAAGUAAUAGAGCACCUGGCACAGGCCUUGACUCAAAAAAGAACCUUAAUAAGUGAUUUGGGAGAGUUUCACUUUAUCCAGUGACUUUGUGUACCGUAAGUACCCACGUGUGGCAUCCAGUAAAUUGCAAGUUACCUUUUGUCUACUCAUGAAGACUACUCACCUCUCCCCUACCAGAUGUAUCUACAGCUCCGUGUCACAAGAGACCCCUGCCCAUAAGUUCCCCUGUGUCACAGUUCCCAGACUGCAAGAGACUUCAGCCUCAGAAGAAACCAUUUCUCAGAAAUAUUUUGUGGCUUCCUCAAAUUCCUAUACAAGUUCUACACAUUUGGUAUGCAUAAAGUUUUGUCAGUCACUACAAACUUUGAAAUGGGGAGUUGAGCCACUACUGUAUGUUUACCCAUAUCUUAAUUCCUGUGUAAAGAUCUUAAUAAACAAUCAUGACUUC